AUGAUAAUAGAGUUUUCCUCUAACAUUUCAAUGACUUUUGCAUUUCUUUUCUUUCAAUGUAGACAAAUGUUUCCAGCUCUCUAGCUCUCCAAAAUAUUAUUUUACCCAACUAAAUACCCCCGAGUCAAUCUAAGAAUACCUGAAUCCCAGAGGAGCAAUUGCAGCUAUCUUCUUUUCAUUACAAGAUGACAUCCGCAGCCCAUGUUGGGUCUAAUCUCAAUGCUAUGGAGAAACUCAUGUCCAAUGGACUCAAUCAUCUUCAUGUUCAGGAUAAGCAUGUCUUUCCUCUGGGUGAUCGUCCCGACAUGUCCCAAGUCUGUCAUUCUUAUACAUUUCCAGUCAUAGACCUCAUAGAUUUGGAUGGGCUUCAUAGAAUAAAGGUAGUCAAUGACAUUAGGCGAGCUUGCGAGGAGGAUGGAUUCUUCCAGAUCAUUAACCAUGGAGUGCCAGAAACUGUGAUGAAAAGCAUGAUGGAAAUUGCCAAAGAGUUUUUUGAAAUGCCUGUAGAAGACAGGGUUUGUCUCUAUUCAGAAGACCCACAGCAGGCUGUCAGGGUUUCUACAAGCUUUAAUGGCACCGAAGAUGAAUUCUUUGAGUGGAAGGAUUAUCUAAGACACCCCUGUCAUCCGCUGGAGGAAAUUAUCAAUUCAUGGCCUCAAAAGCCUGCACUUUACAGAGAGGUUGCAGAGAAGUAUUGCAAGGAGAUAAGAGUAUUGGUUCUAAGGCUUCUGGCUGCAAUUUCUGAAGCUCUUGGACAAGAUUCUGAUUAUUUGAAUGCAAUCUUUGGAAAGCAUAGCCAGACACUGCACGUAAAUUACUAUCCUGCAUGCCCAAAUCCAGAUCUUACUUUUGGCGUAGCCCCUCAUUCAGAUGCACAAGGCAUUACUGUUCUGAUGCAAGGAGAUGUGAGUGGCCUGCAAGUCCUGAAAGAUGGGAAAUGGGUUGCAGUAGAACCAAUAUCCAAUGCCUUUGUGGUGAAUGUAGCUGAUCAAAUUCAGGUUGUAAGCAAUGGCAGAUUCAAAAGCGCCAAGCAUAGGGCCAUAACCAAUACAACCACUGCACGUAUAUCUAUUCCCACCUUCUAUGGGCCUUCGUUGCAUACCUUCAUUGCUCCUGCAGCAUCCAUGGUGGAUAAGGAGCAUCCAGCUCUAUACAGAGGAAAUAAAUUUGAAGAAUACAUGAGAGCAUCCUGGAGCAAAGGUGUGAAAGUCGAGCAUUUUGGAUCGCUUCAAAAUCGAAAUCAGUCUGUAAUGAACCUUUGCUGUACCUACCUUGCUUUUCUGAUAAUUAGGGACUGAUCUAUCCGCUGAAGGUUGGAUUUAGGGCCACAAAAAGAAAUUACGGUUUCUUGUAACAUUUAGAUAUUUUAUUUUAUAUGUCAGCAGUAAUAUUAGAUCGCUGGUAUAAUUAUUGCAGCACAAAAUACAUACACGACCCAUUCUAGAUUUUGAGGAUUUUCCAGGUUGGCUGGGCUACCCAUCCAAACCCAUCCCAUCUCUUAGGGCUAAUAGGGCCACCUAAGGAUGGGCAGCAUACCCCUGGCUUGCACUCAUUAUCUUGAAUGUACUAACAAACAGAGGAUGAAGAUAACAAAUGCAUACAUAAAACAUAGAUUCAUGACUAUAUUAGUUAGUUAACAUUUAUCCAUUAUAUAUAAAUUUGUAGGGAUUAAUUCAUUAUAUUUGUGCCUAGUUGCAGAAACAUGACUAU